UAAAGGGGUUUUGCGCCAGUAUUAACUGCGACCGAAAAUUCAAUACCACUCAAUACCUUGUAAAAGUUAUUCGAUAACUUAAUUGAUGAAUUAACGGAAGAAAAAAAAAUCAUCUAAGCGACUAUAUUAUACAUGGUGGAAAUGUGCUAGAAAUAUUAAGAGUUUAGAUCCAAAAUGGCUGAAAAAUUAACAGAAGAGCAAAUUAGUGAAUUAAAAGAGGCUUUCAGUUUGUUUGACAAGGACGGUGAUGGCACCAUAACAACCAAAGAGUUGGGAACAGUUAUGAGGUCUUUGGGUAUGAACCCCACUGGAGCUGAGCUACAAGACAUGAUCAACGAGGUAGAUGCCGAUGCAAGUGGAACGAUAGAUUUCUCAGAGUUUAUAAACUUGAUGGCGAAUAAAAUGAAUGAUACAGACACAGAAAAAGAAAUGCUGGAUGCUUUUAGAGUUUUCGAUAAAGAUGGCAAUGGUCAAAUUAGUGCCGCUGAACUUAGACUAGUUAUGACAAAUCUAGGAGAAAAACUUACAGAUGAAGAAGUAAAUGAAAUGAUAAGAGAGGCAGAUACUGAUGGUGAUGGCCAAAUCAACUAUGAAGAAUUUGUGGCAAUGAUGACAUCAAAAGACUAAUGAAACUGCCGAGUUAGGUUUUUAAAAUAACAAGAUGCGUGGUACAACUCCAGUGUACAUGGAUUUCUCGAGAUUCUCCGCGUCUUGCCUCACUGAACGAUAUUUACUUGUUUUUUUAAUCAUUCUUACUUCAGUUAUUGCUCUGUCAGCUGUUUUCGACAUAUUUUCUUGUAUUUUUGCAUUUGUCCUAAAUGUUAUUGUUCUCUGUAAUAUUUUUUCAUCUUGUUUCAGUUUAUGUUUUAGGUUAAUGUUACAUAAUUAAGUACGCUGCAUAAUUGUUAAAACGUUUUCAGGAUUAAGUAACAUGCAACUUUAAUGUAUUUUUCCUUUGCUAGUAAUCUAGUCCACUCGAAAACCUUUUCGUUUAGUUUAUUUCAUCAUCAAUUUCGAGUUUCUUUCAACAAAUUGUAUACAGUAUUCAGUUUUAGAGCAAUAGAUAUGCCACAUACGUUUAGGUUUACUUGUAAUAUUUGUAUGUUUAAAAUACAAAAUACAAUUCUGCUUUGGUGUUUGGAACUCUUAAAGACAGUUGUUUAGAAGAUCACACAGAUCGAAUCACUGAACACAACAAAGCAAACUAAAACAAAUUCGGUUCGAUUGAUUUAAUGAAACAUGAAAUAUCUUUAUUUCAAAAUAAAUUGUAUUUGGAAGAA